AUUGCAUAACGCUUCUAUUUGCCCAGAGCUUUUGUCCAGAAACUCUCUGUCCUGAGAGGUGAUUAAAGAAGGUAUCCAGCAAGAACUGCACAAGAAACAGAGUCAGCUGGAGAAGGAGGAGUGGUCUUCCGCGGCCCCACAGGAGGAUGGAUGCCCACAAUGUGUCCGCCACAUUCAACUUCACCCUGCCACCCAACUUUGGCAAGCGCCCCACGGAUCUGGCACUGAGCAUCAUCCUGGUGUUCAUGUUGUUCUUCAUCAUGCUCUCACUGGGCUGCACCAUGGAGUUCAGUAAGAUCAAGGCUCACUUCUGGAAGCCGAAAGGGUUAGCCAUUGCCCUGGUGGCACAGUAUGGUAUCAUGCCCCUCACAGCCUUUGUGCUGGGCAAGGUCUUCCAGCUGAACAAAAUUGAGGCACUGGCCAUCCUCGUCUGUGGCUGCUCACCUGGAGGGAACCUGUCCAAUGUCUUCAGUCUGGCCAUGAAGGGAGACAUGAACCUCAGCAUUGUAAUGACCACCUGCUCCACCUUCUGUGCCCUUGGCAUGAUGCCUCUCCUCCUGUACAUCUACUCCAGGGGGAUUUAUGAUGGGGACCUGAAGGACAAGGUGCCCUAUGGAGGCAUCAUGAUAUCACUGAUCCUGGUUCUCAUUCCUUGCACCAUAGGGAUCGUCCUCAAAUCCAAACGGCCACAAUAUGUGCGAUAUGUUGUCAAGGGAGGGAUGAUCAUCAUUCUCUUGUGCAGUGUGACCGUCAUAGUCCUCUCUGCCAUCAACGUGGGCAAGAGCAUCUUGUUUGCCAUGACACCACUCUUGGUGACAACCUCCUCCCUGAUGCCUUUUAUUGGUUUUCUGCUGGGUUAUGUUCUCUCUGCUCUCUUCUGCCUCAAUGGACGGUGCAGGCGUACUGUCAGCAUGGAGACCGGAUGCCAAAACAUCCAACUCUGUUCCACCAUCCUCAAUGUGGCCUUUCCCCCCGAAGUCAUUGGACCACUUUUCUUCUUUCCCCUUCUCUACAUGAUUUUCCAGCUUGGAGAAGGGCUUCUCCUUAUUGCCAUGUUUAGGUGCUAUGAGAAAUUCAAGACUCCCAAGGAUAAAACGAAAAUUAUCUACACAGCUGCCACAAGUGAAGAAACUACUCCAGGAGCUGUGGGAAAUGGCACCUACAAAGGGAAGGAGUGCUCCCCUUGCAAAGCCUAGCCCCUCCUACGGCGGCCUGGAUUCUGGUCCCAAAGCAAAUUCCAAAAGCCAGUCUGGUAAACUACAGAGAGCAGCAAAAACUCUAGUCUUGCCUGAGUCUCUCCAGCAUUUCUAGUACAUCUAUCGGAAUCAUCAAGCCUUGGCCGGAACACACAGUGUCUACCCAAGAAGCCUCACCUAUCCCCAACUUGGAAUUUGCUAAAGACUUGUUCAGUGACUGUCAAUCUGUGAAACCAGAAACCCAAUCUGCUUCUUGCCAGGAUCUCUGUAACAGUGCCUGAUAAGUAUCUUAAGUCGCUAAAUUUCUGAACUAACCAAUCUAUGUGUUUUAUCCAUUAUUCAAAUACCCAAAUCCCAUUUGAAGUUUUGUGACCCAAAAGAGAAAUAAAUGCUCAAAAAUACUGUA